GAAGCAGCCACCAAUUGUUCCUCGGAACAAUACGUUCUUUUUCUCAAAACACACAAAGCAGGUUCAAGCACAACUUCGAACAUUUUCUUUCGUUAUGGCGAUUCUCGAGAUCUUUCCUUUGUUCUUGGCUCGGACACUCUGAUUGGAUGGCCGACGCGAUUCCGCAUUGGACAAGCUCUCGCUUUCGAUGGAACGCGACCAAAUUUUCUUUGCAGUCACACAAGAUUCAAUAAGAAAGCCAUGAACUAUUUGUUUCCAAAAGACGCCAGCAAAUAUGUGACAAUCGUCAGAAACCCGGUCGAACAGUUUGAGUCGACUUUUAACUACAUGCAAAUCGGAACUGUGUUCGGUUUUGGGACAGAUCCAUCUGAAUCAUUGAAAGCAUUUCUAAAGAAUGGAAUAGGAUUUAAUAUCCUCAGAAAAAGCGGAAGUUCUGUUUUAGCUAGAAAUCCGCAAAUGUUUGAUCUAGGUUUGGAUUUCAACUUUUAUCAGGAUGCCAAAGCCAUUAAAGAGUACGUUGAAUUCUUGGAAGAAGAGUUUGAUUUGGUUUUAAUCGCAGACUAUUUUGACGAAUCUGUGGUUCUUAUGAAGAGAUUACUAUGCUGGGAAUUGGACGAUGUACUUUUUGUAAAAACAAACGAACGGCUUGACAAGGACAAAGCUACUGAAAUAUCAGAUGUUACGAAAGAGAACAUCAAGCGGUGGAACAAAGCCGACGUGUUGCUGUACGAACACUUUAACCAAACUCUUUGGCAAAGAAUCGAAAGGGAAGGAAAAGACUUUUACGACGAUCUUACGAACUUUCGUCGAAUGAAACAGGAACUUAAAAGUAAAUGUUUUGAAGACAAGCCAAGUAAGCAGUUAAUGUAUGGCAACAAGUAUGCGAAAGGUUUCACUUUAAGGUCGGAUUUGUCUUCUGAUCUAAAACAAAAAUGUGAAAGAAUGACAAGAACUGAAAAUAACUAUCUGGCAUAUUUAAGGAAGAAGCGAGUAGCAAAAUUAGUCGGUAUUCAUCGCGCAACACCAAAUGAGGAUGAUCAAGAAAAAGUUAGUUGGGACGCGGCCAGCGAUUAUAAAUAUGUUCCUGUCUAA